AUGGCGAAGCAGUACGAUGUCCUGUUCCGGCUGCUGCUGAUCGGGGACUCCGGCGUGGGCAAGACCUGUCUGCUAUGCCGCUUCACCGACAACGAGUUCCACUCCUCGCACAUCUCCACCAUCGGUGUUGACUUUAAGAUGAAGACCAUCGAGGUGGACGGCAUCAAAGUGCGGAUCCAGAUCUGGGACACAGCGGGGCAGGAGAGAUACCAGACCAUCACCAAGCAGUACUACAGAAGGGCCCAGGGUAUAUUUUUGGUCUAUGACAUCAGCAGCGAGCGGUCUUACCAACACAUCAUGAAAUGGGUCAGCGAUGUGGACGAGUACGCCCCGGAAGGUGUCCAGAAGAUCCUGAUCGGGAAUAAGGCAGACGAAGAGCAGAAACGGCAGGUGGGCCGAGAGCAGGGGCAGCAGCUGGCACGGGAGUAUGGCAUGGACUUCUAUGAAACAAGUGCCUGCACCAACCUCAACAUUAAAGAGUCCUUCACGCGGCUGACCGAGCUGGUGCUGCAGGCGCACAGGAAGGAGCUGGAUGGGCUGCGGACGCGGGCCAGCCACGAACUGGCCUUGAUGGAGCCGGAGGAGGAGGAGGGCAAGCCCGAUGGCUCAGCGAACUCUUCUAAAACCUGCUGGUGCUGAGGGUCAUGCCUGGGGCCGCCCCACACCACACACCCCGUUCCCUCAGGAGGUCUAUGGGCAGCCAGGGAGGCCAGGCCCUGACCCGCUGCUGGCCUCUCAUUCGAUGACCCUGUUGAGCAUCAGUAGCUGCUCCUCCCCUGCCUGGCCCUGAUGGGCGGCACUUCGUCCCCAGCUGGCCUCAGGCCUGCUCUGACCUGACCUCGUGCUCUGGGCAUCUCAUUGCCCCCAGUACCCCAGGCUGGGCCCAAGGUGCGGUCAGGGCUGCUUUAAAGCGCCUCCACGUCUGCUCCCUGCUCCCUCUCUCUGGCCCCCCUCUUGCUGUGGCCCCUUUCCUCCUGUGUGUUCUGGGUCAAGGCCCCUCCCCACAACAUGUCCUGCUGUGGGUGACUGCAGCUGCAGCACCCCAUUUUAGCCCUAUCCAAGGGAAUGGACGUAGGCUCUGGGAGGUGACCCACCACUCUGCUCUGGAGUGAGCCCCUAGCUUUGAGGGUUGUGGGGAGCUGAAGGUUUCAGGGUAUCUCUUCCUCCUCUCCUCCCCACUUCCCCUGCUGUGCCAUGGGGAGAAGGAGCAACAUCAGGAGGACAUGCCACCUGCUGGGCCUCAAGCCCGGGGGUCCGUCCAUCCUACCUCCACCUGCUCCCCAACCUGAGCUCCGCCUUGCUCGGCUGCCUGCCUGCCUCCCUGUACGUGGACUGUGCUUGGAGGCAGGUGCUUCAGAGGACACAAUGGCGAGGGGUGCCGAGGGGUCACCUCCAUUCUCUACCUCCCGUGUGGCAGGUAUAUAGCUCCUCCCCAACCCUGCCCAGAAUUUAUAGAUAUGGACCAAAGCCCGAGGGGACUGCAGGAAUGAGGAGAGGCCUGGGCCCAGGAGACUGUCAGGUAGCUGU